AACGGACCUAACCUCGUCAUUUAAGGUUAGAAGUUUAAAAGUUUCGCAUGUGUGGUGCGUGUGUUGUUUGAGAUGGCUCUACAAAGUGGCGCAUUUAGUGAGGACGGGAAAUAUUUCGCAAAUAUUUCCUCAGAUGGAAAGCUUAAAAUAUGGAAUACUUUGUCUAGUUCACUGGAUCAAGAAUUUACACCCGAUUUCCAUUUAACCACUCCAUGUACAUGUUUGCAGUUCUGGAGCAGUUCUCAAGGUGCAGCUAAGGAUUUACCAUCUCCCAAGAAAAAGAAGCGAAAACAUGAUCUAAAGCCGCCGAGCAUAAUUUUGGGAACCACAUCUGGUAUCAUCUUAAUUUACUCUAUUGCCAAAGGUGGUAUAGAAAAUACGAUAAACAGUAACACCAAUUUGCCGGUGAAUUGCUUAUCAGCUGUAAAUGAUCAUCUAUUGUACUCCGGUGCUGAUAAUAAUAUUCUGGAAUGGAACAUCAAAGACAGGAACAUAAAAAGCCAGUGGAAGGGAGGCUACGAGAAUAUUACAUCAAUACUGGCAGUUCCAGAAACGAACAAUCUAAUAACUGCCGCAAAGAACAUUAAGGUUUGGAAUAUUGAAACUAGAGAAGUGUUGAGGACGUUUACAGGGCACAGCUCUGAAAUAAAUAUUAUGCACUAUGUACAUCUUCCUAGUGCUGGCCCGUAUAUUCUAACCGGUUCGAAGGCCGAUCGUCUUUUAAGUUGCUGGAAUUUAAACAGCGAAAGCAAAUUGAAAAACGCAGUUUCCAAUUACGUAUUGCAAGACGUUGCCAUUCAUGUCUCAGUGUAUAUUUCAGUAGAGGGUAAUGCCAGUGUAGCCGCAGCAACAAGAAAUGGAAGCCUUCACGUCUAUCAUCACAAGCUCAAUGGCAAGUGUGAUAAGCCUCUCAAACCCAAAACCACCCUUCAAGUGGUGUCUGAUACAGGACAGUCUAAUGAGUCUGUAAAACCCAUCAAAAUUUGCGGCGCCAGGUUUUUAGACGGCGAAACUCUGUCUUUGGGAUAUGGUUCAGAGCUUUUAUUGACGUUCGAAAAUGUGACGCUAACGUCGAAAAAAUUGGAGGUCUUAAUCAGGGUUGAUCAACAAGCAUCAUCAAAAAAAUGUAAAGAUGAGCAGGUGACAAAGUUAAAAAAGCCCCUGGUUGGAGACAAUGUUAAUUAUAUCUCUACUCAAUCAACUGCCACACAUACCAAGAGGAAAGUGGGCCAGCAAGAUGAAAUACCCAUGGAACAAAGAUUGGAGAAUUUGACUCUGAGCAAAGCCGAGGGCAAAGUUCCGAAAGUAAAUAAUGUAGCUCAACUGUUACUCCAAGGAUUACACAGUAAGGACAAGAACAUCCUGAGAACUGCCCUGUGGCGAACGGAUGAAAAUAUCAUUAGGAAUACCGUUAAAAGGCUUCCUGUCACGGUAUUUGAACCGCUAAUCAAGGAAUUGUCCAGUCUUGUUCAUGGAAAGACUGUUGUGAGUCGAUAUGGAGCCUUAUGGUUGAAACAUAUGGCGCAGGUCCACGCCGGAGUUCUAAUUUCAAACCCUAAUCUAUCAGAAAUGUUUUCGAGUGCUUUAGGGACUAUUCAGCAUCGGAUUUAUUCCCAGACUGCCCUUCACCGACUUAGAGGCAAAUUAGAACUGUUAGUUCCGCAAGUGAGCACCAUAAAUAAUGCCGAAAAUUAUGAUGAAGACGAUGAGGAAGCCCUUCUGGUUUUCAUCGAUAAAGACACCAGUGAUUCGGAAUCAGAGGACCAAGAAGUGAUGGAAAUUGGAUCAGAUAGUGAACCUGAAAAUUGGGAAGAUGAGCCGGUUGAUGAAAACACGGACGAAGAAAACCAUAUGGACGGCACAUCAGACUCUGAUGAUUCUGUAGUGAUGGUUGAUGAUGGGCAGGAUUCCGAUUAAAAUUGGUAUGUUUCAUUCUUCGAGGGAAUCAAAUUAAGAAUGAACAUUUUUCCAUUUUUUACGUUUUAACCAAUAAUCCUUGUAUAAGAGUAUGAUAUAUUUUUACAUCAGUUGGAAAUACAUGUGUUUUAAAACUGUUUGCCAAUAUAACCUCGUACAAGA